AUGAAGCUCAGUCCACAAUUUCUUGGAUAUCUCUUCGGCGAGCCAGAUUACUGGGCACCGGGCGACUAUGCCGAGUACAAUGCGGACGGAGUCUUGAGCAGGAUUGAGUCAUUCAGUCAACAGCCGCGUUGGCAUAUCCACACAAAGGACAUGCCUUUCAGCACCUACAUGGCAUUUGAGCCGAAGACAGACUCCACCACUUACAUAGUCGUUGGAGAUUCAGAUCAUUUGGGGAUGCGCGAAAUGAAGCGACGCCUAUUAGACAAUCUUCGAUCCACUGAGUAUCAGGAUCCAUUCAUGUUCCACGCCAUGAUAGUCCACGAGACAUUCUUGGAUGCCAAGACUGUAAUCACGCCCGUUCGACAUCAGCUGUAUGACCAGCUCGACCGAGUGGACAACUAUUCCAAGAAAUCUGCACACGAGCGAGGCAAGGGAGAUCUGGAGGAGCUCACCAUCGGACUGCACGUCGUGUCGCAAGAGAUUGAUUCGAUGACAGCUGGCACGGACAUGACCAGCAUGAUCGUACGUCGCUUGAUCAAGGGUCACACGCGUUAUCGAGAAAGCCUGGGAUCUGUCGCUCUCGUGAACUCUUCCACGAAGACGGCUGAUGCGCUGGACUAUCUCGCGGAGUCUGUAGAUGCGCAACGACGGUGGCUGGAGAGCUACAAGGCGAGGAAAGACAUAGCUAUGAAUCUGGUGUUCAACCUCGUCACACUACAAGACGCCGCCACUAGCACUACAAUCGCUCGUGAAGCAAAGGCCGAUGGUACCUCCAUGAAGGUCAUUGCGGCUCUCACAAUGCUCUUCCUCCCCGGCACUUUCUUGUCUUCCGUCUUUGGCAUGACGAUGCUUAGCAACCAUGUGAAGUGGUGGUUAUACGUGGCAUUGACUCUGCCUCUGACUAUUCUGGUUGUUGCUACUUGGUGGAUGUGGCAAUCUUAUCCUCCGCUGUGGUCACUAUUGCAGAAUUUGCGGCGGAGGCGGCGAGCUCAAGUCAAUAUCAUACAUGGGCAGAAUGUUGCUAUGGUUUGA